UCCUCAAGUCUCGCUUGUUUUAAACCUCGCGAGAAGUGCACGCGAGACUUCCGGUAUGGGCUCCAUAUGCCAAGCUGGCUCGGAAUCUUCCAGCUACGGUCAAGGCAAUGUUGCUGACGUGAUAUGGAGCCAAUGACCUAUGGACGACCAGACCUGGACCCACAGAACCACACACAGCACACUCCAGUCACUGACGGACUCCUGCCACCAGCCCUUCGGUAACCUGGUCUCGUACGACUCCGACCUGGACUACAUCAGUCGCUCGCUUCGAGGACAGUCGAGGGAAGUAGUACAGGAGGAGCUGAAGCAUUUUGCGGAGGAGAUUCAAUCGAAACAGGAACUGGUACGUGAAACUGAGGAGAAGUCUGUCAUAGAUUCGGCCCCACUCUCUAAUAAUACUUCUUCACAAUCACCAGUAAGCGCUAGAAGCAAUCAGUCGGAAGCAAAGAGCAGUAAUUUGUCUGAAGGAAUAAUUGUAACCAAUCGCAACCAAUCAGUGUAUGCGACAGGCUCUUUAAUCGGGCAAGAGAACUCUUGCGGUUCCUUGAUUCAAGAAAGUGACAACUCCAGGUGUAACAGACUGAGUCUAAGAAUCAAAACGUGUGAAACUUUUCCUCAGCCACUCCUUGAAGUUGAAGACUUUCAUAUCAGUGUGUCUGACACAAAAGAUCAAUCUUCAAGCCUUUCCUUGACUGAUUCUGGGAGUGCCUCCUUCUCACAAUCCUUAAAAUCCUCAGACCUGGUCUUAACCUCUGUUAAGAAACAAGAAUUCUAUCAGGACUGUAAGGACCCACCCACCCUGCCCCUCCCCGCGGUGAGACCUGAUAUGGACUCUCCUGACAUUUACCCUUCCAAACUGAACCUACCAGGUGAGUCGCUGACGUCAGGAAGGUCGCCGGGCGGGUCAUCGCGAGGCGCGAGGUUCCAGACCACGGCCAGGGGAAAUGAGAUGCUGAGGUCCUUCGCGGAGACCCUCCAGUUACCGGAGUCUACUCUCACAGGUAGCCCCACUGGUGACCUCUCACCUCAGUCAGCUGAUCAGACCAUCGCAGAGGCAGAGAGACAGUACAGGGAGCGGCUUCAAGUUCACAUACAGACACAGCAGCAGCUGUACCAAACCUGGGGACAGCAAGGAACUCAACAGACCAGCCCACCAACUGUGAGACAAUCCCCGUACAUGUUCGAACCUCCCACCAAGCUUCCUGUACAGAACACAGAACACAUCGCCAACUACAAUACCGCAAACAUGUCAACAACAAUAACAACAACGGAAACAAUGGUGGAACCCCAGUCGCCCUCCCCUGCGGAAAACGGGGACGUCGCCUACUUUGGAGGGGUGAAGCUCUUCCGGAGUCCCGUGGAAUCCGUAACCACGGUGAGAAGGACAACCCCAUCCCCCACAGUCAGCACUGACAAGCCUCGACACAAGAGUAAGAACGUCGGAAGGUCAGUGACAAAAAAGAAGCCACCGAAAUCCAGCACAAGGUACCACGAGAGCCGUAGGUCGUCGUCCGGAAGCCAGGCAAGCAGUCGGACAAGCGAGCGCACAAGAAGUUCAUCGUUCAGUAGUCAGGCCAGCGACAUUAGCACAACAACCACGGCAAGUUCUAGCACCCUGACAGGGCAGGAGGACGGGGGAGGGACAGAGCACAGCGGGGACUCGAGCGAGGAAGUAGUACGGUCGACGCUAAAGCGGAGAGAAAGCGAGACGAGCACGGACUCGGAGAUGGCCACCCUAGGCCAGUCCCUUCUGGCUUCUCAAGUAAGCCAGGAGACAAGCUACGUCCAGAAGGUCGCCCAGUGGGGCCGGGCGGAAACAAAUUCCCACGGCGCGGAAGACGAAAUCGAUGGCGACAAAACGCCGCAGCCCGAACCCUCCAAGAGCACGGAUUCCGGUAUCGACAUUCCUGUCGACGGUCUGGCGGUUUUUCAGCCAAUCGGUAGCUCUACACCCUGGCGGUUUGCCAAUCAGAAUGGAGCGACUGUCGUUCCCGCCGCGAACAACGUCGGAUUCCUCGUUCCGGUCAGGCUGCAACAGGACACAGAAUACGAACAAGGCGUUUAUAACACCACCCACCAGGAAACCGUUGAGGAACACACUAGUAGUAGUAGUAGCACACAUAACAGGUUGAUGGAAGAAACCACUGCCAUGCUAAGGGAGGGGGCAGCUAAACUCCAAAAGGCCCUGAUGGAGAAGGCCAAGCUGGAGGGCCAGCUGGAGAUGCUGUCCACCGAGGCUGAGACGGUGAUGCGAGAAAGGGCGGAGCUUCAGUCACAGCUUGUAGAGUUACAGAAGACUCUGGAGGAGCUACGAACGAGCGGCCAUGGGGAGACGAAAGACACGAGGGCUCUGUCAAACGAGCUGCAAGUCGUCAAGCAGAACAAGGAACAUCUCGAGAAAAUGUUACAAGACCUGCAGCUGCAGUUGGAAAGCAAGGCGCAGACCAUACAGGUUCUCAAUGACGAACUGCACGCAGCUCACGAGUCAAACUCCAAGCUUCUGGAAAAGGCGGAAGAGCUGAAGAGGGAACUUGAGGGAAAGGAGACGAGUCUCGAGGAAAUGAAGACCCAGCUUUCGGGACUGCAGGUGCAACUCAAGGAGGUCCAGCAGGAGAGACUUCAGUCACAGAGCGAACUGAACGUAGCUCAAGGUGAUGUGGAAUCAUUGGUGAGCGCUAAGGACUGGUUCCAAGAGCAGCUGAAGUUCACACAGGAAGCGCGGGCACAGCUUCAAGGGGAGCUAACGACUUUCCAGACCAGCUACGUCUCGCAGGCGGCCGUCGUGGAACAGCUGAAAAGCGACAACGCAAACCUACGCCAGCAGGUGCUGGACACCCAGCAAGCUGCCAUGAAAGGGAAGGAGGACCUCGCGAAACAUCUGGAGAUGAUCGAAGCUGAGAUGCUCUCGCGGGAGGCAGCGUUCGAACAGCUUCAGCGCGAGAAGUCGGCGAUCGAAGACACCUUCUCGGAGCGUCUGGAGUCCAUACAAGGCGAGAAGGCGCAGCUUUCCAGCAUCGUAUCCACGGUGAGCGAGCUUCAGCACGAGCUGGAGAACGUGAAACAGGAGCUACGCAGGAAAGUCGCAGCGGUGAACGUAUUGGAACGGGAGCAGAGGGAACUCGUGAAGAGACUGACCCUGACCCAGGAGUGUCUGGCAGAGCGGGACAAGUCCAUCGAGACUCUGCAGGGCAAGUCCGUAGAAGCGGAGAUGAAACUCCGGGCGGCGCAGGGCGACGUGCGCUCCAAAGAAAACGAGAUCCAAGCCCUCCGAGAGGAGAAGACGGCAGUGGAAGUGGCGCUGGCAGCCGUGCAGGAGGAGAAAAGGAGCUUCGACACCGCAACCAAACAGCUACAGGAGGAUAUGGGGAAGGUGGACGUAAGAUUCCGUCAGAUGAAACUGGAAGUGUCCACAAAAGCAGAACAGCUGGAACUGGUACAACAGGAGAAGAACAAGCUUCAAGCAGAGUUGUCAGCCCUGCAGGAGGAGUUGUCAGAGCAGCAGCACCACCUGGAGACCUACAACAGUACUGCAGCAGGGAAGGACCAGCUGGUGGAGGAGCUCCGCGCCAGCCGAGUGGUGUUGGAGGGGGAACUCAGCGGCCUCAAGCAGCAGCUGCACGAACUGCAGGAAAACUCGUCCCUGAAACAGAAGAUGGCCGACCUGCAGACCUCCAGUCAUCAGGAGUUGGGCAAGCAGAAGGCCAAAGUGCUGAAGCUGGGCACGGAGCUGAACACUGCACAUCAGGAACUACAGGCUCGGCAGUCAUCGUACGAGAACACUGUCAGCCUACUGUCCAGUAAGCUGCAGGAUGCUGUUCAUGAGAAGGAGCAGGUGGAACAGCAGCUGCGGCUGCUGCAGGGACAGUUUGAGCAGGAGACCGUGGAACAGCAGGGACAGCUGACCUCCCAGCUGCAGCAGGUGCACCACGAGCUGGACCUGGUCAGGCAGAGGAAGGAUGGCAUCGAGAAACAGAUGCUGCAACUACAGGCGAGCACCCACAGCGAAAUCGAGACGUACCGGCAGCGUAUCGUGGUGUUGGAGCGGGACCUGCAGACGGCGCGGGAACAAACGUCGGAGCUGCGGAGAACGGAGGAACAGAACCAGGAACUCCUGCUGCAGCUGGAGAGGGAACGCGGCAGGCUGGCAGGAGUAACCCAGAGCCACAGCAGUCUGAAGCAGCAUGCCUCGCACCUGGAGGCCGUCUUGGCGCGGCGGGAGACGUCUCUCAAGGAGCUGAGCGCUCAGGCCAGGCAGGCUCUGGAGGUGAAGGAGGCUGAGGACAGGCGGGCCGGGGAGAGGGUCGCGGAGCUCGAGGCUGCCCUUAAACAGGAGAGGGCAACCAGCAAGGACCUUAGGAAACAGGUUGCAGCUAAACACUCUGAGAUGAAGCGAGUGGAGGUGAAGCUGAAGACCCUGUAUCAGGAAAAGGAGGAGCUGGUCCAGACCUUCCGAGGGAAGGAUGGAGAGAUAGAGAGACUACAGCAAGAGCUGGGACAGGCCAGACAGGCCGGGGAACAACAGGCAGAAGAUGCCCGACAGCUGCGCACACGACUGCUGGAGUCCAGGCGACACGUGGAGCGCCUGCAAAGGCAGCUGAAUGACAAAGAUGACAAGGAACCCGUCAUCACGGACCAGAUCAAGAACCUGCAGUGGCAGGUAGAUCAGCGUGAGAAGGAGGCCUCAGCGCUGAAGGAGAAGCUCCAGCUGAGAGAGAAGCGCCACGCCCUGGAGAUGGACAACAUGAGGGCAGCGUGCCAGGUGUCUCAGAAGGACCUGGACUCCUUAAGACUUGAGCUGUCGUCUGCCAGAAAGGAGAAGUUCAUCAUGCAGGCUAAGAUGUCUGAGAUGCGGGCAGCGCUCAAGUCUUCCCUCAAGCAAAACCAGACAAUCAAAGCUCGUCUUGCCAAGAGAAGCGAGACUGAGAAGCCUUCUGUGGAAGACCAGGCGUCGGUGAAGGCGCUGUCAGCGCUGGAGGCCAUCAUGGCGGGCGUCAGUCUGGACGUCAAAGUGGACGAGACUCUCCUGAACCCUCCAUCCUUCACUCAGGACAGCAAGCCCCUUAGCAUCCUUCAGUCCUGCCUGACGACCCUGCGUGGGGAGAUGAGUGCCUUACAGAAACAGAUGGACGAACACACGGCCACUGUCAUCAACUCUACUCAGGCAUGGAGGCACGUCGAGACCCAAGUCCAAGGUUUGAAGAUGGCCGUUUCUCCGCCGACAACCCCGCCCAAGUCUCCAGAUAUUUCCCCACCUCAAGUACCGUUUCAAGGAACAGCACAAGGAGCGAAACAAGGACCACCGUUGUCCCCACCGGCCCUCAAUGGUGUACAAACAAUGUGACACAGUGAUUUAGACAUGUAAAUAGUUUCAUCAUGGUGGUAAACCACUGGAUAAGAAAGUUGUGUGUAUACAACCAAUUGUUAAUAUUCAGCAGGCUUUUAGCUCCCAUUUAGUUAUAGGGAGUCCAUAUUUCUUACUGACUGAGAUUCACUAGGUGGUAAGUGCUACAGACAAGUUGAGGGGGGGGGCUGUCAAAGGCAUCAACCUUCCAUGCAUGGUUUAGGCUUUUAGAGAAUUUUAAGUUAAAAUGGUGCAUUCUGAGGUAUCCUGAGGGGCAAAUUACUGUCAAGGAGGUCACAGUUGCAGACAAUCAGAAUUUCAUGCUUGUCCGAGGAUCUGUUCCCCAGUCGGCAGUGUAAUGGCCUCUUCAGUGCAUCUACAAUGUAGUUGUCUAGGACAUCCAAUUAUUUUUAGAACAGUGUGUCCAAUUUUUUUCCCCCCGUAAAUCAGGUUCGUAGGGCCUGAUGUUACCAUCAUGAAGAUAAAGAACCGCCCAUAGCGAUAACUGUAUUUCUUCUCCCUAAGUCAGAAACAUCAAGCUUAGGCAAGCUUGACUUCAUUGACUCAAUUGAUGCCUUGGUGCAUGCCUGGCCAAAAGCCAAUGUUUCUGUGACCAACUGCCCUGUUUCUCAGGGCAAUACAUCCGCUAUUCAUUUAUAGUGGCGAAUAUGUUAAACUGUAUUUAAGGCCACAACUUGAACUUGUCAUUUUGUUUGGCCUCACAACCCCAGCCCCCUCCCCCCCAUGAACUAACAUGAUGUAUAUAGCAAUUAUUGGUGACUUGGAGGAUGAAUUAUAAUAAAAAUAUGUAAAUAACUCACUGAGUGUUUGAAAAUUUAGCGAGUUGAUAAUGUUGAUAUUAAACCCUUUGGGUGCAAGUCUUCACGGUUUCAUUGGCUAAAUAGGAAGUUGCAGUUCCAGCAAGCUGAAAUUUACCAAAUUAAACAAAACAUGAUCAUAGAAAUGCAUUAACCAGCUUCAAUCCUGUCGUUAAACCAAUCACAAACUAAUUUGUGACUGUUUUAGAAUGAUCAGAUUUUGUGCAAGAUUGAACGACAAUCAAAGUUUUUCUUUUCUUUUUGAGAUGAAGAAUAUAUAGUAAUGGUUUAAAUCAGGACUUUCAGUUGUAGAUAAUUUUAAUGGUUUCCAGGGUUUAACCCUCUGCUCCUAAAGAUAGCCAUAUUGUACAAAAUGGGUAUUGGAUACAAGGGUUAAGGUAGUGGGCGCAACAGGGUUAAGGUAGUGUGCAGAUGGCUAUAUUAUAUUGAAUUGCAUUUUUUUUGCCACAUUUCACCAUAUUUGCAUAUAGCAAAUUAAAAAAGCAACAAUUUAAGUACUUUGUUGCAAUUGGAAGAGAUUGAACAAGUUCCUGUAGAUUUAUAUUUUAGAGUAGCUAAUUUUAGAGAGAUUUGGCGGCAUUUUCUUGGGGUAGCUAUGACGUUCAACGUAAGACAUUGUACAUAAAGAAUUUUAAGCUGUCUCUCAACGUAAAGACAAGCUUUUGCAUUUUACCAAUCCUUGCCAUCUUAUCUGUUGCUGUUAGGUCACUUCUUAUUCUAAAACCAAAGGUUUUUUUGAAACAGUUAUGUGCAAUGUUUCAUUAUUAGGCAAUGUAUGAUAAUAGCAAAUUAUAUGUUCUGUAUCUUUAUUUCAUAUGAAGUAUUAAUAUAAUGAUACUACAUGUAUUUACUGUACAGUAGUUGCAUAUAUAUAGUUGAUACAAGUUAGUCCAUAAGCUGUGUCUAAGAUGCUUCUAGCACCUGGUGCCUUUGUAGAAGUACACCUAUCUGAAGAUGUGGAACUGUUUUGUUUUUUGUCUUCAGUUGAACAGGUAUAAGCCACAUAAUAGCCAGGUAGUUCACCUUUAUCGGUGGGGUAUCCUAUAUCCGUUGAUUUUUCCAAUUGCAAUGUUUUCAAAAUACUGCAGAUUAAAACCAAUGGCCGUCUGUUCGCUAUCCCUAAAUAUUUUGUUUUGAAAAACAAAAAAAAUGGAUAUAGGUUACCCUAUGGAUAAAGGUGAACUAGCGCAACAUGUAUUUUAGCACCAGAACACACUCCUGGGUGCUUUGUAGAGCUAGAUGAAAAUGAGGAAUGUGGAUGGAUAGUUUAAGGUUUACUCCCAUAAUUUUGCCUAGUACCUUAUGGCUGCUACAUUAAAAACUUAGAAAGAGACACAGGUGUUGAAUGCAUACUUGAGAAUACAUUGAAGGCCCCUUUAUUUAGAGUAAGUGACAGAAUUACAAAAAUGGUGUGACAGUUAGCCUCAUGCAAGUUCAAGGAAAAGGAUAUUCUUACAGUUGAACAUUAGAUUUGAUUACCUAUGCAUGUAUAUUGCUUGCAUGUACUACCCACUAAAGAACACAGAUGUUUUUCUUGUAGUGUUUACAUCGAGUAUACAAUGUAAAUCCCGUUUUUGAGCAACAUCUUGCAUGUUCAAGUUCUGAAUUGAAGGAGUUCAGCAUGUUUUUGAGGAACAACAUUUUUGACACCAACUAUGUAACAUUUGAUCUUGUGCAAUAAAGAAACUUUACAAGCUAUAUAAU